GAACACAUUCUCUGUACAAUUGCAAGAAAACUACAGGCUUUAAAAGGAAGAGCCUUAACUCUGUGGCUCUGUGACAGGCGAAGGCAAAGGCAGCAGCUUAUGUAACUGUUACUUGAAGAAACAUGAUCCCUGCGCUCACCCGUUGCACUUUGUGACUUAGCAGUUUCUCUGGCGACUGAUCGGAUUGCGUUCGGGGUAGCUGUCCCUGCUGGGCUCCUGGGGCACGGUCCUCCUGGCUCACCACAGUGUCACACAUGGCGAAUGAAGCCAAACCCUGCCCAUGCGAUAUCGGAGACAGGUUUAACUACGAGGGCUGUGGGCAGGAAGUACAAGUUGAGCACAUCAAGGCGUAUGUUUGCAAACCAUCUGGCAAAUCGGACAAAGCUGUGAUUGUGAUUCAUGAUAUAUUUGGAUGGCAACUCCCAAACACCAGAUACAUAGCAGAUCUGCUCACAGCUAACGGAUACAUAGCCAUCUGCCCAGACUUUUUUGUGGGACAAGAAGCUUGGAAACCUUCUAAUGACUGGGCUUCUUUUGAUGAUUGGCGGAAAACUCGAGAUUCCAGCAAAAUAGACAAAGAAGCUGAUGUCGUCUUGAAGUACCUACAGGAACAAUGUGGCGCAAAGAAGAUUGGAGUCAUUGGGUUUUGCUGGGGUGGAGCAGCAGUACACCAUUUGAUGCUAAAAAAUCCUCAUUUAAAGGCUGGGGUGUCCAACUAUGGAGUGAUCAGGUUUUUUCAUGAUGCAUACAACUUACUUCAUCCCACUUUCUUCAUUUUUGCUGAAAAAGAUGAUUUCAUUCCACUGGAGCAGGUUGCCUUACUGGAGCAGAAGCUUAAAGAAAACUGUAAAGUUGAUUAUGAGGUUAAAAUUUACCCUGGACAAACUCACGGCUUCGUACAUCGCAAAAGAGAAGAUAUCAGUCCUCAAGAUAAACCUUAUAUUGAGGAAGGAAGAAAGGAUAUGAUCAACUGGCUGAAUAAAUACAUUUAGCAGAAAUAAAAUGCCCAUAAAAUAAACAAUUUUUUUUUAGGAAAUCAGGAAAUGAGAGAUCGUCUUGCUUAAUAUAUUUUUAAAAUAAUCAAAAUAAAUUGUAAAAAACUUUUCUGCAGUAACACUGCAUAUUUGUACUUAUUUUCUGAGCAGAUGCCUAAACAUUUUCAAAUGUUGAAAGCCAUAAUUAUAAAGACUUUUAAAUUUGACCUUAUGUAUCUUAAAAUUAUGAGAAUCUGAUGUGGGAUAUCCUCUAGAAUGUGAAAGUUUCAUUUUUUUAAUAUUCAUAUCAAUACAAUUAAAAUAUCAUUGAAACUC